UUUUAUUAUUAUUAUUUAAAAUAUUACUAUUGUAAUAAUUUUAAUUUUUAUUCAUUUAAGUGAUAUUAUUAUUAUUAUAUUAAUUUUUUCUAUUUAAAUUUUUUUGUUAGUUUUUUGUAUAAUUAUUAUCAUUAUUUUCAUUAUUUGCAUUAUUUGCAUUAUUUUCAUUAUUUUCAUUAUUUGCAUUAUAUUAAUCAUAAUUGUUUUAAUUUUAUUUUUAGUUUUAUUAUUAGUAUUUUUAUUGUUUUUUUAU